AUGUUUCUGAUGUUCUACCUGGACAGCGAGGGCAAGCGCGUCUACACCCUCAAGAAAGUCGACCCCAACGGCAACCCCACACAGUCUGCACACCCUGCACGAUUCUCCCCGGAUGACAACUACUCGAGGCACCGCGUGACGCUGAAGAAGCGCUUUGGCAUUCUCCCAUCACAACAACCGGCCAAGCGCCUGUAA